GUGAACCCUCACCAUGUUUUUCACUGCUUUCCACGCCUCUCCCUAUUUGUCUCCUUUUUCAACACCACCUUCUAACUUUUUUUUUUUGGCUGUCUCUGCGGACAAAGUUUCGUUCCUCCACAUAUAAUCUUGCCCUGUACUUGCCCAUUCUUGCCUGCCUUAGCCUACACAGCUUCUGUCAUAAGCCAAAUCAGGAAUUUUGUGUUUUUGCAGCUUCUGUCCGGUUUCUGAUCAAGAACCCACCAUCAGAAAGCCUUCCAAUCCACACCCACUUCUCAGUGCCCUCAACGUGCAGAAGCUCUCCUGAUGUUCCCAAGUCUUCAUUUUUUCAGGAUUAGAAGCGUCAUCUAGAGUUGAGACAUAUAUCAGAAUCUCUUUAGCUUCUUAUGGGGUCUGUGGGAAACCCGAAAACUUGGGUACCAUUCACAUACACAAACACAAACACAAGAGACUGUUCACAGGGGUUUUGCAGCUUAUACUGUCCACAGUGGUGUUAUAUGGUCCUCCCGCCGCCACCACCGCCGCUCGAUUUCUCGGGUGGAAGCUCCGGUCUUAGACUCUCCCCUCUUGUGAUUGCGGUAAUAGGCAUCUUCGCGAGCGCUUUCCUGCUCGUGAGUUACUAUGCCUUGAUUUCGAAGUACUGUGGCAACACUGAGAAUAGGAGGAGAGAGGACCAAGAGCCCAAUGCACAGUUGGAAGAUGAUCACGACCCCGCGGUCCAUGAGCCGUGGCAGAUUGAGACAAUUGGAUUGGACGAAGCGGUGAUCAAGUCGAUCACGGUGUGCAAGUACAGGAAAGGUGUUGGGUUGAUCGAAGGGACUUGCUCGGUUUGUCUCAGCGAGUUUGACGAGGACGAAAGCGUAAGGCUUCUGCCCAAAUGCACACACGCUUUUCACAUCCCGUGUAUCGAUACAUGGCUCAAAUCCCACUCUUCUUGCCCCCUGUGUCGUUCUGACAUUGUUUUUGUCAGUGCUUCACCGUUUCAAUUACCUUCUUUGGCAGCUGAAAGUUAUCUGGGUGACGGUAACCGUUCUUCGGCGGGAAGCCAACAGGUAAAUGAAAGUUCAGCUGACGCACAAAAUUCAGGAAGGCUUGAAAAGGAAGAGGAAAUAGUGAGCGCAAAUCCUGCAACUCGUAAGAGACCCUUUCGAGUUUUUAGUGACCUGGGGUGCUGGGAGAACAGGCACACUGUAAUUGAGAUAGGUGAUGAAGGUGUCCGACGUAUGACUAGAUCUGUUUCGAUGGAUCAUUCAUGUCAGACACAGGUCACGAUUGCUGAUGUGAUUCAUCACCCAGAAGAAGAAGGCCUUCCUGUUGAAAAAUUCUUCAGCGAGGCAGGAUCAUCGGAGCCUUCAUUAGGAGAGUUAAGCAGGUCUGGCCGAACUAGAAAGCUUUUGGAUUGUCUGAUAGGUCCGGCGUCAAUGAAAAGAUCGUUUUCAAGCGGGAGAUUGCUGCUGAGCAGGCAAGGAAAUGUAAAAUCUGCAACCAUUCCUAAUUGACCAUCAUCUUAAGACAGAGUCUACGUAAGUCGUCGAUUAGGUCUGUGCUGCCCAAAGUAAAAUUUCAAUGGUCAUGACAUUGUGUUAAUUCAUUUCACCUGGUCAAGCAUAAGUUUGGAGAUCUGACUGAAGAAAGAAAUUUUGAGGGAGAGAGGAUGUGCCUCUAUAAGAAACCUACUUUGAUGCUCUAUUUAUUUUACUCCCUAUCAUGAUCUUUCAGGUGAUUCGCAUUUUCUAGUACCUGGAUUAGUCGGCAGAUGCACACGAUA